CAUAGUUGUCUGAUGAUGAUAGAUUUACGUUAUGUUUGAGUGGGCAGUUACAGUUAGUUACUUGGUGCGAAUAAUCCGGGCGUAAAUAGUUAACCGUUUUUAACCACGAUGAGUAACGUGUGCGUCUCUUUCGCUUCUUUUAAACUUUGCAACAAUACCCGCUCCCAUAAAUUACUAAGUAACUGCCCAUAACAUAACACAUGAAUGAUAGAAAAGAAAAUGGUACUAUCUCAUCAUCAACAACAAGAACUGCAUCCAGUAAGAAGAAGAGAGGAACAUCAAGAACAUGAACAAGAAGAAGAAGCAUUGCUCGCUCUCGUCAAACACCGUCAUUAUCAAGUCAGAGAGCUCCGUUACUGUGUUUCCACUUACACAGCCAAGCUUAGGGAAGCGGAAGAGAAGUUAAGAAGUUCUCAAUCCAAAUUGGCUUUUUUUCAAGGUAAGACUAAUGGAAAGACAAAACAUGGAUCAAACAGUUUCAAUUUCAAUCAUAAAAAUGAAACUCCUUCCAAAAUCCAUCAUCAAUCAAAGCCUCAAAGCGCACGGUUACCGGAUUCUGCAAAAGCUUCAACAAAUUCUAGUAAUUAUGAAACUAACCGAUCAACUUUUAGUACUCAGAGACUUCCUACUGAGAAGGAUGAUGUCAGAGGAACAAAAAGGAAGUUUGAAAUGAAGGGACAAAAGGAUUUGGUUCCUUUAAUAGGUAGACGUUCCCUAGCACAAAUGGUGAACUAUGGAAUGGGAUCAAGCUACAUAUCAAGUCUACACACCAGAAAAUUGAGAAAUCUUGCUCUCUGUCCUGUGAAUGAUCAGCAUUUUGUGACUAGUGCUUUGGAUGGAGUGGUGCGCUUGUGGGAAGUUCACUCUCGAGGAUUGACAGCCAAUAUUCUUAGCACUACUGAUUGUGCAACUGAAGAGCAGAAGAGGUGGCCCGAAGAUAUAGCUUGGCAUCCAGAUGGAAAGAGCCUUUUUUCAGUAUAUAGUGCUGAUAGUCAAGACUCUCAAAUAUCAGUUACAAAAUUUAAAGAAGGUGAAAGGAGUGCACAAGUGAGUUUCUUGGAAGACAAGCCACAUGUUAAGGGUGCUAUCAAUAGCAUUGUUUUUCUGCCAUGGGAAAAUACUUGUUUUGCAACAGCAGGAACUGACCAUAGUGUUAUGAUAUGGAGUGAGAAUGUUGAGAAAAAAUGGAAGCCAGAAGCAUUGCAUAAGAAUUUUCAUACCUCUGCUGUCAUGGGAGUUGCUGGUGUUCAGCACAAGAAACUUGUGUUGUCUGUUGGUAAAGACAGGAGAAUUUUGGGGUACAAUGCUGAAGAAGGAAAACAAGAUUUCAUGGUUCAGGUUGAUAGUAAAUGCUUGAGUAUAUUGCCAAAUCCACGAGACUUCAAUUUGUUCAUGGUUCAAACAGGGACUCAUGAUAAGCAACUUCGACUAUUUGAUAUUAGAUUGAAGCAUAAAGAGGUUCAUGCAUUUGGAUGGAAGCAAGAUAGUAGUGAUACACAAUCAGCUCUGGUAAAUCAAGAUUGGUCUCCAAGUGGACUUUACAUAACAUCUGGUUCAGCUGAUCCAUUGAUUCACAUAUUUGAUAUUAGAUAUAAUGGUCACAAGCCUUCUCAAUCCAUUGAAGCUCAUAAAAAAAGAGUCUUCAAAGCCAUGUGGCAUCAGUCUCUUCCACUUCUCAUUUCCAUAUCAUCUGAUCUCAACAUUGGAUUACACCAUCUUGUCAAUGCUUGAAAGGCUUAAAUGUACUUUUGAUCCCUUUUGUCGAUAAAACAUAGAAUUAUGGUGAUGCAUUGCAUGCUGGUGUACUUUAAGCUUUUAAGUUGUCAACAGAAAGCAAGUCAAGCAACAUGUUUAUGAAUGCGUGCUUCUUCCACGCAGACAUACACAAUCAUGACCGUGACUUGUCUGGUAGUUACCGUAGUCUUGUAAUGUAAUGAUUACAAAUUCAAACUAACUAGUAUUAUAUUUCUAAUAGGCCGUAAACAUGGAGAAUUUGGCUUCUUAGCCAACAACUAUCUCCAUGAAACAUACACUUG